AUGAAUAUUCUGCUGGCGACCAGUGAAGCGGUACCUUUUGCCAAGACCGGCGGUCUGGCCGACGUCUGUGGGACGUUGCCCAUCGAAAUCGCCAAUCGGGGGCACGAAACGGCCCUCAUCAUGCCGGCCUAUCGCCGGGUGUGGUCCUGCGGGCAGACCAUCGAGCCGAUGGAUGUCGAGUUCUCGAUUCCAAUCGGCAGCAAGCAGGUCGAAGGUCGGCUGUAUCGCAGCACAUUGCCUGAGAGCGACGUGCCGGUGUACCUCAUCGGGCAACCGCACUAUUACGAUCGUGAAGGUCUCUACGGCGAAGAUGGCAAAGACUACAUCGACAACUGCGAACGCUUCGCAUUCUUCAGUCGCGCGGUGCUCGAAACCAUUCGCAUGUUGGAGUUGCCGGUCGAUCUGCUGCAUCUCAACGACUGGACCACGGGGCUGAUCCCGGCGAUCGCGAAAAUUGAAUACAAGGGCGUGCCCGGGUUCGAACAACUGGCCACGCUGUUUACGAUCCAUAACCUGGCCUAUCAGGGCCGGUUCUGGCAUUGGGACAUGGUGCUGACGGGCCUCGACUGGAAGCACUUCAACUGGCACGAGAUGGAGUUCUACGGUCAGUUGAACCUGCUGAAGACCGGGCUGGUUUUCUCAGACGCUUUGAGCACCGUCAGCCCCCGCUAUGCGGAAGAGAUUCAAAGCGCCCCGUUGGGUUGCGGACUGGAAGGCGUUCUGCAACACCGCAGCGAUGUGCUCUCGGGAAUCGUCAACGGCUGCGACUACAGCUUGUGGAACCCUGAGACCGAUCAGCACCUGGCGGCCAACUACACGGUGGACAACUUCGCCGAAGGCAAAGCCGCCUGCAAAGCUGCGUUACAGGAAGAGUUGGGCUUGCCGCAAGAGCCGGCCACACCGCUGCUGGGGAUCGUCUCGCGUCUGGUCAGCCCCAAGAUCGGGCUGGUGCUGGAUGUGCUGCCGGAUUUUCUGCACAACUCCGACGUGCAAUGGGUGAUCCUGGGAACGGGGGACCCCGAGUAUCACGAACGGUUGCUCACGCUGGCCGGUCGGGCUCCACACCGCAUGGCCGUGCGACUGGAAUUCAGCGAACGGCUGGCCCAUCGCAUCGAGGCGGGUUCCGACAUCUUCGUGAUGCCCAGCGAGUACGAACCGUGUGGGCUCAACCAACUGUAUAGCCUUCGCUAUGGCACCCCACCCGUGGUGCGUGCUACUGGUGGAUUGGCCGACACGGUGACCGACACCAACGACGACACACUGCAGGCGGGCACAGCGAACGGAUUCAGCUUCCACGAUUACAGCCCCUUGGCGCUUGCUGAGACCCUGCGUCGGGCUUGUCGCGCUUACGAUGACAAGCACACGUGGUCGCAGGUGGUUCGCCAAGGCAUGCAAGAAGACCAUUCGUGGGCCAGUAAAUCGGCCGAAUAUGUCACGCUUUAUGAAAAGACAAUUCGCCAGGUUCGCAAUGGUGUCUAUAUUUCCUAA